GGAGACCCACCUGCCGCGCGCACGGACACUGCUCGCGCGCUCCUCCCGUCUCUCCGCCGUCCGUCUGUCCAUCAUGGCGCGGAUUUAACACGGAGCUCUUUAUUCAUUAUUUCCCCGGGGAGGACUGAUCGCUGUGUGUGUGUGUGUGUGUGUGUUCUUCAUGCUGGAUGCGGAGCCGAUUCUCACUCCGAGAUGCAACAGAUAACGAGCUGCUCGCUUCUCCUGCACCUGCACGCGCUCUUCUGGGGAUGUGCGCUCGCGGGAGCUCCCAGUGUGCAAAUAGGCGGCCUGUUCCCCAGGGGAGCGGAUCAGGAGUACAGUGCGUUCCGGGUCGGUAUGGUUCAGUUCUCAACGCCAGAGUUCCGUCUCACUCCUCACAUCGACAACCUGGAGGUGACCAACAGCUUCGCCGUCACCAACUGCUUCUGUUCCCAGUUCUCACGAGGCGUUUAUGCCAUCUUCGGAUUCUACGAUAAGAAGUCCGUGAACACGAUAACGUCGUUCUGCGGGACGCUGCACGUCUCCUUCAUCACGCCGAGUUUUCCUCUGGACGGGAUGCAGCAGUUCAUCCUGCAGAUGAGACCCGACAUCAAAGGACCUUUACUGAGCCUCAUCGAGUACUACAAGUGGGACAAGUUUGCGUACCUGUACGACAGCGACCGAGGCCUGACGACGCUACAGGUGGUGCUGGACACGGCGGCCGAGAGGAAGUGGCAGGUGACGGCUAUAAACGUGGGCAACAUGAAGGACGACAGGAAAGAUGAGUCGUAUCGCUCGCUGUUCCAGGAUCUGGAGAACAAGAAGGAAAGGAGAGUGAUCCUGGACUGUGAACAGGAAAAAGUCAAAGACAUCAUGGAGCAGAUCAUAACAAUCGGCAGGCACGUUAAAGGAUAUCACUACAUCAUCGCCAACUUGGGCUUUGUGGACGGAGACCUGUCCAAAAUUCAGUAUGGUGGAGCAAACGUGUCAGGAUUCCAGAUUGUGGAUUUUGAAGAUCCUCUAGUGUCCAAAUUUGACCAGCGCUGGGAAGCUCUAGAAGAGAAGGAGUAUCCAGGAGCAGACAGUAAGAUCAGGUACACACCAGCACUGACCUUCGACGCCGUGCAGGUGAUGACGGAAGCGUUUCGUUACCUGCACAAGCAAAGGAUCGACAUUUCGCGCAGGGCUAAUAACGGAGACUGUCUGGCGAACCCGGCUGUGCCGUGGGCUCAGGGUGUGGAGAUCGAACGUGCGCUAAAACAGGUACGUGUCGAAGGUCUAACAGGAAACAUCCAGUUUGAUCAGUACGGCAGGAGAGUGAAUUACACUGUCCAUGUCAUGGAGCUGAAGAACAAUGGUCCUGUUAAGAUUGGUUACUGGAAUGAAAUGGACAAGAUGGCGGUCACAAAAUCAGAUCUUUUCCCCAACGAUACGAUGGGUCUGGAGAACAAGACGGUGAUAGUCACCACCAUUCUGGAAGCGCCGUACGUGAUGCUGAAAAAGAACGCAGACCUGUUUGUGGAUAACGAGCGGUACGAGGGUUACUGUGUCGACCUGGCAGCCGAAAUCGCCAAACACUGCGGCUUUAAAUAUCGCCUGAAAAUCGUAGGAGAUGGAAAAUACGGAGCCCGAGACGCUGAGACGAAGAUCUGGAACGGGAUGGUCGGAGAGCUGGUUUAUGGGAAAGCCGAUAUCGCUGUGGCUCCGUUGACCAUCACGCUGGUCAGAGAGGAAGUGAUCGACUUCUCCAAGCCCUUCAUGAGCCUGGGCAUCUCCAUCAUGAUCAAAAAGCCACAGAAGUCCAAGCCGGGCGUGUUUUCGUUCCUGGACCCUCUGGCGUAUGAGAUCUGGAUGUGUAUCGUGUUCGCCUACAUCGGCGUGAGCGUGGUUCUCUUCCUGGUCAGCCGUUUCAGCCCGUACGAGUGGCACACGGAGGAAUACGAGGACGGGCAGAUCCAGACCAGCGAGUCUACCAACGAGUUCGGGAUAUUCAACAGCCUCUGGUUCUCGCUCGGAGCCUUUAUGAGACAAGGAUGUGAUAUUUCGCCAAGGUCUCUUUCGGGCCGUAUCGUGGGCGGCGUGUGGUGGUUCUUCACUCUGAUCAUCAUCUCCUCGUACACUGCCAACCUGGCUGCGUUCCUGACUGUGGAGAGGAUGGUGUCGCCCAUCGAGAGCGCCGAGGAUCUGGCCAAGCAGACCGAGAUCGCUUACGGGACGCUCGACUCCGGAUCAACCAAAGAGUUCUUCAUGCGAUCCAAAAUCGCUCUCUUUGAGAAGAUGUGGGCGUACAUGCGCAGCGCCGAGCCGUCCGUCUUCGUGAAAACGACUGCAGAGGGAGUGAUGCGAGUGCGCAAGUCAAAAGGGAAAUACGCCUACCUGCUGGAGUCCACCAUGAACGAGUACAUCGAGCAGCGAAAGCCCUGCGACACCAUGAAGGUCGGCGGGAACCUCGACUCCAAGGGCUACGGCAUCGCCACUCCCAAGGGAUCCUCAUUAAGAACACCAGUAAACCUUGCAGUAUUGAAACUCAGUGAGCAAGGCGUCUUAGACAAGCUGAAAAACAAAUGGUGGUACGAUAAAGGUGAAUGUGGAGCCAAGGACUCGGGAAGUAAGGAAAAGACGAGUGCGCUCAGCCUGAGCAACGUGGCCGGUGUGUUCUACAUCCUGGUGGGCGGUUUGGGCUUGGCCAUGCUGGUGGCUCUGGUCGAGUUCUGUUACAAGUCGCGCGCUGAGGCCAAGCGCAUGAAGGUGACCUUUUCAGAUGCGAUGAGGAACAAGGCGAGGUUGUCUGUCACCGGGAGUACAGGGGAGAACGGCCGUGUCAUGAGUCCCGAGUUCCCUAAAGGCGUCCACCCUGUGCCCUACGUAGGGCCCGACGUUGGCAUGAACGUCAGCUUAACCGAUCUUUCGUGAGGGAAAUCCCCCCCCGCCGAGUGCCUUAAAAUGGUUUAUCCCUCCCUUGUACUCUUUCCUUUGGUCCGUUUCUUUGUCUCUCCCUCUUCUCCUCUCUCUCUCUCUCUCUCUCUCUCUCUCUUUCUCUCUCUCUCUUUCUAUCACUAUUUAUAUCCCGGAUGAGAGACGAUCAAGGCCGUGUUUUAAUAUCAAAAAAGACAUUUGUGCGACACAUCUACACUUAUCACAGUGACGUCUUCGCCCCUUAAAACACGCCUAAAGAGGUGAUGAGGUCACUUCCCCUGGUCACAGAUGGAUUCUCUGACGAGUGUGAAUUUUACGUCUUAGGAGCGUCUGUGCGUUUCGUCUGGGCGUCUGCCGAUAAUCAUUUGUAUGAUGCACAAUAUCGCUGUGUUAUCACAAUUCUGUCACGUUCCCUAGAUUCCAUUUCUAGGCAGGACUU